UUAUGAACCAACUUGAGAUCCUUGAGAGUAAUGGUUCCACAAGCGUGGAUUCAGUAUUUCAAAUGUGUUCUUACUACAUUGCGUAUUGUUGAGGCUGAAAAGUUAGGUGAUUGGAAGCUACAUCUUCAAUCUGUGAGAGAUGCUCUACCUUUAUUUCAUGCUGCAGGUCAUUAUGCCUACGCAAAAACAGCACAGAUAUAUUUACAAGACAUGGCAAAUCUAGAAUUGAUAAUGGAUCCAGUAGAAUUCGAUGAAUUUACGAAGGGUGGGUUCACUAUUCGUAGAUCUGACAAAGCGUGGGCAGGUGUUUCCAGAGAUAUGGUUAUUGAACAAACUCUUAACAGAUUUUUUGGAACGGAUCUCAAACAUGGAAGAGGCGUAACACCUAGCGUUGUUACGCGAUAUUUGCUUGCGAUGCCUGCUGCAUUCCAAAUUAUGGAGAAACUUGAAAACUACUGUAAUAUUGAAACAUCGAACAGUGAACAACACGUCGAUCUUGCAGAGAGCAGAAUCUCACGUGAUAAAGAAGAUAUCCAGAAGCUUUUAUUCUGGCUCAACGCCCACGACCCCUUCUACCCCCGUAGUUCGGUUGUAUCUCUCUCUACAGGUGUGUUUGGUGGGCCUGAAAUAAAUUGUCAUAUGGCUAUUGAAAAAGAACAACAAGCAAUGGCUACGAUGAUUGGUAAAAAUGCAGAAGAUGUUUCUCUUUCACGAUUAUACAGAGUUAAGAAUUUAUCAAAUGCUGGAACAGAAGUUCAUCUGAGUGAUGAUAAACCGCAUGUUAAAAUUGAUAGCUAUUUACUCUUUCAAAGAAUUUCAGUAGGUCUCGGCAAAAAUUCUGAAGCUCUGAAGAAAGCAAUGAAGUAUGAGCUUGCUCCAUCUCCAUUGAGUUUGUUCGAUGAAAAAGGUUGGAUGAGAAAAAACCGAAAAUCUGAUUUAUAUACACUGUUUAAACUCACUAUUCAAUCCCCACUUAUUUUGGAUAGUUGUACAUUUGUCGUUGAUGGGGGUUGGUUAUUGCGACAAGUAGUGUGGUCUCGUGGAAAAACUUACAACGAAAUUUUCAAUCUUUACUUGUCCUACAUUACCAAAUUUUUCCGAGACGAUGCCGUAGUAAUAUUUGAUGGAUACCAGGAUGACAUAAUUGGUGUAAAAUCUUAUGAACGAUUACGUCGUAAGGAACAAUGCAUGGCAGCUGAUGUAGAAAUUGCAUUAGAUAAAUUAAUGAUCACUACACAAGCUAAAUUUCUAUCAAAUAUUGCCAACAAAUUUAAAUUUGUACAAUUAUUGUCAGCAUAUUCAAUUGCGAAUGGUAUUAAAACAGUAGUAGCUAAUGAAGAUGCAGAUAGCUUGAUUGUAAACACGGGAAUUGAUAUUAAGAAUAGCAGAAGCUCAGCAGAUCCACCAGUUGUAGUGUUAGGAAACGAUGUCGAUUUGUUCUUGUUGCUCAUUGGCCUUACUUCCGAGGACAAUAUGAUGUAUUUUUAUAAAAUCACAUCAACUGGUGAACAAAAGAAAGUACUGUAUUUAACAGGGUACUAUAAAGAAUUCAAACCUUUUAUUUUGUUUGCUCACGCAUUUGCCGGUUGUGAUUCAACGAGUGCUAUUUACAACAAAGGGAAAAAAACGAUCAUCGAUUUACUGCAAAAAAAUCAAGAAUUACGCGAUUCUAUUUCAAUAUUCUACAAGCAGGAUAGUAAUGUAGAUGACCUUUAUGUUGUUGCUGAAAGAAUCAUGGGCCAUUUAUACGCUAAAAACGAGUGGAAUGAGUUACCGAUAGAUGAGCUUCGAUACCGACUAUUCAACGCUUCAUUAGCUAAGGCUAAAAAAGAAAUAUUAGCUUCAUUGCCUCCUUCUCGAUCAGCAUUAAUAGAACACGUCAAAAGAGUCUACUUUCAAAUUCAACACUGGUUGGGAGUUUCACUGGAUGCUGAACGAUGGGGCUGGAAACGAAACAACCAAUUUAUGAUUCCAAUCAAGUCCGAACUGGAACCUGUUCCAGAAGAUUUACUAAAAUUGAUAUCAUGCAGAUGUGCCAAAAGUAAAUGUGAGAAAAAUCUAUGUUUAUGCAGAAAAGCCGGUCUUCACUGUUCUUAUAUGUGUGCAAAUUGUGUGGAUGAAGGCACUUGUGUUAAUAAACCUACUAUUGACGAAACAGUUGUAGAAAUUGAUGAUGAUAAUGAAAAUUUGGAAUUCGAACCUGAAGAAGCAAAUGAUAUUCCAGACGAUGACGGAGAAGAAGUCGACUUUAAUGAAUCUUACGAGGAAAAAGAUGUAGAUUUCGACUAUUAUUAAUUUAAUAGAUAUCUCAAAGCUAGUCUCGUUAUUAUCAAUAUUAUUAA